AUGGCACUGACUGCGGAGGCCUCCCGUUUCUACAAUCUCAAGGAUCUUGGCUUUUUCAACUUUGGUGUUGAUGCCCGUGGCUUCAUUAUGAUGUGGGACACCGCAGACUGGCUUCCAUGGGAGGGUCAAAGGGCACACUGGCCGAACAGACAGCGUGCCUCGGCUUUCUGGAGCGCGGUCAAGAGGAGUGUUCCAGACCACUUUCAGGAGCUACUCCAGCUUGUCAGCAACGCCUCGCCUGAGGAGGUGCUGCAACGGCUACGACCACUCCUUACGCAGCACUACAAGUGGUGCCUGCUACAGCAGGGAGUUUUCCUUGGUGACUAG